AUGAGCUAUCAACAACCACCAAAUCACCGACCUCAGGGUGGAAUCAACAGUCCGAGAAUGCGGCCGGGAGGCCCUCCGCGAGGUCCUCCGCCGCCGAUGAACAGAAAUGGAGCUCGUCCUGGCUUUCAGGGUGGAAUGGAGGACUUCAACUCUCGGGCAAACCACAAUGCUCCAGGCAAUUAUCCGCCUCCAGAUCGUCGGGCAAACAAUUAUGUCCACGAUGAGGGCUACGCCUCAGACUUCAUUCCACAGUCAAGAGCGCAUAUCUCACCAAUAGAUCGUCCUCCUCAAGGAUAUGGGUCCAGACCUGCGCAUCAAGAGGAUUACCAUGCCGACUCGUACCGAGGGUUUCCUCCGAACGGCCACGCGGAGACCAGCCAAACGAGAAAUAGUAACAUACCAAAUUUUGAUGCUAUUCCGACCGGUGUGAAUGAGAAGACCGAGGACCAGAUGAUUGCAAAUCAACAGUCUGGGUUUGAUCCGAAGAUCUAUCAGAAACCGACUUAUCAAGUACCCGGGGCGUUUCCUGGUCAGAUUGACACCAAGCAGUCUAUGUCUCCUCCAAAUCAGACCACUUCUCCUCUCGCCGAAUUUUCAUUCGAUUUACCUAGCUCCUCUCAACCUGGGACAGCUGGUAGAAAAGACAGUUCUGCACAAGGUUCAUCCUACCGUGGAGUCUACAAUGGCCAGGAGACUUUUGGCGCUGGAGCAGCUUCAAGGGGUGCAUACGGGGACGUCCAGCUUCAGAAUGCGCCCGGCUCGCAGUAUCCGCCGCCCCGUGCUGCCAGUCGGAACGGGAUAAAGCCGUCUACGGAAACUGACGCCUCGAGACCUCCUUUGCCAAACGAUCGCCAACCCUAUCGAUCAUUUAGUCAGGAUCAGUAUCCUGCCCGGCCACAUACAAGCAAUGCGCAACGGCCCCAGCAACAAAGUUACGAGACGAUGAACCCAUAUGAUCAGGACUACGCAGCAAAUAACAGAGCUCCUUCAGCGCCCGCCGCACCUGCAGGGCCUGUAGCGUCAGAUCAAAGCUAUGGCUACCCAGGGCAGGGCCAACAGUAUCAACAGCCGUAUGGACAGGGCCCACCAGUGCGCAAGGCAUCUCAGGACAAUUACAACAUCGGCCCUGCCAGGCCCAACGUUUCGAGCUCCGCACAUCCCGUACCCGUCAGGCAUUAUCCAGCUCCAAAUGCAGAUUCCAACCCGGAUGCAUUACCUGCACACCCUACUCCAGUGAGAGCUGGACUCAAAGACAGCAACGGGUAUCCAUCGAGUCAAACUCCCCCAGCUCCCCCGAGCCAGCGGCGAAAAGUAUCCGAGACUUCGUCGCCCGUUACUACCCAAGAGCUGAAUAGCCUCCGCGAAAUGUACAGCAGGAAUCCAAGCGACCAUGCUCUCGGUUUGAAGCUGGCAAAGAAGAUGGUCGAGGCGGCUCGUGUGCUUUCAGAUGAGAAUGGGUCGGCAGACCAGAAGACCACACAAAAGAACCGUGAAAAGUACAUAUUUGAUGCACACAAACUGGUCAAGAAAUUGGUGGCAGCUAGCUACCCAGACGCAAUGUUCUAUCUAGCCGAUUGUCACGGGCAAGGAAUGUUGGGACUUGCUGUGGAUCCGAAAGAGGCCUUCUCUCUCUACCAGUCGGCUGCGAAGCUCAAUCAUCCUCAAAGUGCAUAUCGAGUAGCGGUGUGCUGUGAGUUGGGGACCGAGGAAGGUGGCGGAACUCGACGUGACCCCCUGAAGGCGAUGCAAUGGUACAAACGAGCAGCAACAUUGGGAGACACCCCAGCCAUGUACAAGAUGGGGAUGAUAUUGUUGAAAGGAUUGCUUGGCCAACAGAAGAAUCCGCGUGAGGCAGUGUCGUGGCUGAAGAGGGCUGCUGAACGUGCGGACAAAGACAAUCCACACGCGUUGCAUGAACUGGGUCUCCUUUACGAAUCUGCCUCGUCCACGGACCAUAUCGUGCGCGACGAGAAAUACGCUCUUCAACUGUUCCAGCAAGCUGCAGAACUGGGAUACAAAUACUCACAGUUCCGACUUGGAUCGUCGUACGAGUACGGGCUGCUCGGCUGCCCGAUCGAUGCUCGUCAAAGUAUCGCAUGGUACACUCGAGCGGCUGCCCAGGGAGAGCACCAGUCCGAAUUGGCGCUGAGUGGUUGGUACCUGACGGGGUCUGAACCGUUGCUUACGCAGAGCGACACGGAGGCAUUCCUGUGGGCACGGAAAGCCGCCAGUUCGGGUUUGGCGAAAGCAGAGUACGCGAUGGGAUAUUUCAACGAGGUCGGCAUCGGCACGCCGGUGGACAUUGAAGAGGCCAAACGUUGGUAUUACAGGGCAGCUGCACAAAAUUUCACAAAGGCCCGAGAAAGGCUCGAGGAGCUGAAGAGAGGAGGUCCCAAGCAGCAAAAGACGCGCAUGUCGCGGUCGAAUGUGAAUAAACAGACGGAUGGGGAGUGUGUGGUCAUGUAG